AUGCUACCGCGCCGGCGAUGCCCCGCCCGUAAUAGUUCCAUUUCUCUAUGUACACCGCAGCCCGGAUCUAGCUUCCCAUCAUUGCCGCAACCCGAUCCGCCUCCGACCCGCGACCGGCCGCGUCUCGCACAAAGUGAACAGGGGAGACAAAGCAACUUCCACGCCGGUGCGGCUAUGGUCGCUCCCGUCUGCCGACUCCACCUCAGUUCCGAUGGCAAAUCCGAUCGUGGGGCGCUGUUUCCCCGCAACCGGCCCGGUCGCUUGACUUGA